AUGAAGGUUUCCCAGAUCCUCGCAAUUGUGGCAUUUGUCACCAGUGUUGCCGCUGCUCCGGUUUCAGUCGAAGCAAGAGAUGUUUUGCAAGCCCGAGAGCCAACCAAGCUCAAGGUUGAUCGCAACGCUGAGCCAGAACCCACAAAGCUCAAGGUUGACCGUCGCACCAAGCUCAAGGUCGAUAGAAACGCCGAAGCUGAGCCAACAAAACUUAAAGUUGACAGAAACGCUGAAGCCGAGCCAACAAAGCUUAAGGUUGAUCGUCGCACCAAGCUUAAGGUCGAUAGAAACGCCGAAGCUGAGCCAACAAAACUUAAGGUUGACCGUCGUACCAAGCUUAAGGUAGACAGAAAUGCUGAGCCAGAACCUACAAAACUCAAGGUCGACAGAAACGCUGAAGCCGAGCCAACAAAACUUAAGGUUGAUCGUCGUACCAAACUCAAGGUCGAUCGCAAUGCUGAGCCAGAACCCACCAAGCUUAAGGUCGAUCGUAAUGCUGAGCCAGAACCCACCAAGCUCAAGGUCGAUCGCAAUGCUGAGCCAGAACCCACCAAGCUCAAGGUCGAUCGUAAUGCUGAGCCAGAGCCCACCAAGCUCAAGGUUGACCGCAACGCUGAGGCGGAGCCCACUAAACUUAAAGUCGAUCGUAAUGCUGAGGCAGAACCCACCAAACUCAAGGUCGACAGAAACGCCGAAGCGGAGCCCACUAAACUUAAGGUUGACCGCAACGCUGAGGCAGAACCCACCAAGCUCAAGGUGGAUUAG